GGAAGUUGCGUUGCAUCAGCUAGCUUGCCUCGAGUGUUUCUGGAGCAUCACAACAUUAUUCAGCCGCUUUGUUCUGAAGUCGGGAAAGCGCCGCUGUUUCUUCGAUGAAGUGUGCAUGAAACCACGUAAUGUCCACCAUGGUGUAUCCGCGUGAAGAAGCCCUGGAGCGCCUGACCCAGGACGAGAUCGUCCUCAACACGAAGGCCGUCAUGCAGGGCCUGGAGACGCUGCGCGGCGAACACACGCAGCUGCUCAACUCGCUGCUGGACUGCGCCCAGCCGCCCGUCGCCCAGGAGAAGUCCGGCCUCCUCCGGAAGAACCUGGAGGACAUCGAGCUGGGCCUGGGAGAAGCGCAGGUCAUCAUCGCUCUGUCGAACCACCUGAGCGCCGUGGAGUCGGAGAAGCAGAAGCUGCGCGCCCAGGUGCGUCGGCUCUGCCAGGAGAACCAGUGGCUGCGCGACGAGCUGGCAGAGACGCAGCACAAGCUGCAGCGCAGCGAGCAGUGCGUGGCCCAGCUGGAGGAGGAGAAGAAGCACCUGGAGUUCAUGAAUCAGAUCAAGAAGAUUGACGAUGACGUUUCCCUGUCGGAGGAGAAGAGCCAGAGCUCCGGAGGGAGCGGAGGCAAGGGAACGGGAGGAGGAGGAGACUCCUCAAAGGACAGCCUGGACGAUCUGUUCCCCAACGACGAUGACCAGGGAACAGCCCAGCCCAGCGGGGAAGCGGCAGCCCAGCAGGGGGGCUACGAGGUCCCGAAUCGUCUCAGGACGCUGCACAACCUGGUGAUCCAGUACGCCUCCCAGGGCAGGUACGAAGUGGCCGUGCCUCUGUGCAAGCAGGCCUUGGAGGAUCUGGAGAAGUCGUCCGGACACGACCACCCGGACGUCGCCACCAUGCUUAACAUCCUGGCCUUGGUGUACAGGGACCAAAACAAAUACAAGGAAGCUACUCACCUUCUGAAUGACGCCUUGGCCAUCAGAGAGAAAACCCUGGGGAAGGACCACCCGGCAGUGGCGGCAACCCUCAACAACCUGGCUGUGCUGUUUGGCAAGAGGGGCAAGUACAAGGAGGCCGAGCCGCUCUGCAAGAGGGCCCUGGGCAUCAGAGAGAAGGUGCUGGGGAAGUCCCAUCCGGACGUAGCCAAGCAGCUGAACAACCUGGCCCUGCUGUGCCUGAACCAGGCCAAGUACGACGAGGUGGAGUACUACUACAAACGGGCCCUGGAGAUCUUUGAGUCCAAACUGGGAACCGACGACCCCAGCGUGGCCAGGACCAAAAACAACCUGGCCACUUGCUACCUGAAGCAGGGCAAGUUCAAAGAUGCAGAAGUUCUGUACAAAGAGAUCCUGACCAGAGCGCAUGAGAAGGAGUUCGGAUCAGUCAACAAUGACAAUAAGCCCAUCUGGAUGCACGCAGAGGAGAGGGAAGAAAGCAAGAGCAAACAGAAGGACUCUGGGCCGUACGUGGAGUACGGGAGCUGGUACAAGGCCUGCAAGGUGGACAGUCCAACUGUGAACACGACCCUGAAGAGCUUGGGAGCGUUGUACCGUCGUCAAGGCAAACUGGAGGCAGCAGAAACGCUUGAGGAGUGUGCCAGCAAGACACGCAAACAGGGGAUCGACGCCAUUAACCAGAGUAAGGUGGUGGAGCUGCUGAAGGACGGACCGGGCGGAGGGGUCGACAGACGGCACAGCAGGGACGGACCGGGGGGGCGAGGAGGAGACAACGAGGGCGAUGAGUCCGCGGAGUGGAGCGGGGACGGUAACGGGUCUCUGCGUCGCAGCGGCUCCUUCGGAAAGAUCCGCGACGCUUUGAGGAGGAGCAGCGAGAUGCUGGUGAAGAAGCUGCAGGGCAGCGGACCUCAGGAACCCCGAAACCCCGGAAUGAAAAGAGCGAGUUCCCUGAACUUCCUGAACAAGAGCGCAGAGGAAACCACGCAGGACGCCAACUCCGGCCUCUCAGACAGCAGGGGACUCAGCGCCAGCAACGUGGACCUGACCAGACGCAGCUCCCUGAUUGGUUAGAGACAACGGCGGAGAGGCGGGAACAGAACAGGAAGGGGGCUGUUUACCUCGGUUUGAACAGCAGCUUUUAUUGAUUUUAUUUUAAGGAACACUUAAAAAAAAAA